AUGUCGACUGAUAAGAUCACCUUCUUGACUAACUGGCACGCAACGCCAUACCAUGCACCCCUCUACCUCGCCCAGAAGCUAGGAUACUUCGCCGAUGAAGGCAUCAAGGUCGCUCUUCUUGAGCCCAAUGACCCAAGCGAUGUCACCGAGGUCAUCGGUUCAGGCAAGGUUGACAUGGGCUUCAAGGCCAUGAUUCACACUCUCGUGGCCAAGGCCCGUAACUUCCCCGUCACCUCCGUCGGAUCACUCCUCGACGAGCCAUUCACCGGUGUCGUAUACCUCAAGAACAGCGGAAUCACCACCGACUUCCGCAGCCUGAAGGGCAAGAAGAUCGGAUACGUUGGCGAGUUCGGAAAGGUCCAGAUUGAUGAAUUGACCAAGUACUAUGGCAUGAAGCCAAGCGACUACGAGGCCGUGCGAUGCGGAAUGAACGUCUCCAAGGGCAUCAUCGAGGGCACCAUUGACGCUGGUAUCGGACUCGAGAACGUCCAGAUGGUCGAGCUCGAGGAGUGGCUUGUCAGCCAGGGCCGUCCUCGCACUGAUGUCCAGAUGCUCAGAAUUGACGAGCUUGCGCAGCUGGGUUGCUGCUGCUUCUGCAGCAUCCUGUACAUCGCCAACGACAAGUUCAUGGCGGAGAACCCAGAGAAGGUCAAGAAGUUCAUGAAGGCCGUCAAGCGCGCCACCGACUACGUCUUGGCUUCCCCCGAAGCAGCAUACAAGACAUACAUCGACAUCAAGCCCCAGAUGGCCUCUGCCGUCAACCGCAAGAUCUUCGAGCGCUCCUACGCCUACUUCUCGAAGGACCUGAAGAACGUCCAGCGUGACUGGGAGAAGGUCACCCGGUACGGAAAGCGCCUGGGUGUCUUGGACGAGGACUUCACCCCCAACUACACCAACCAGUUCCUGGAGUGGAAGCUCGAGGGUGACUCGGCCGACCCGACUGGCGACCAGAAGAGAAUGGCUGCCUUGCAAGAGGAGGUUGCCCAGAAGGGAGGCUUCCAGAGACUGGAGAAGGUGGAGGCCGUCUCGGCGUCUGCUUAA